UAGAUCUCGUGAUAGCGAAGGCUUUGAUUUUUCCAGACGAUUACAACGCGUCUAAUUUUUUACUGGUUGUAUUAAGUGUCUGGAGUUUGUUGCCUAGCAGCCUGAAAAUGUCUCCUGAUUGGUUGAUAGCUCGCACUCUCUCCAGCGCGUGUUAAAACGCUUGUGAAAGGUGGAUGAGCGCGCUUGAGAACUGUUCCGAACUCUGGUGAACCUGUGAAACCGUGAGCUGCAUCGGUUCUUAACUGUCAGCAUUUUGGAACAUUCGGUUUGCAUUAUGUACUUCAGUUUAUCGACAGAGGAGCAACAUCUUUUGAAGUGGGAACAGAGUAAAGGGACCGAUGGAUCCAGCUCACCUCACACAGGCGCACACGCUUUCAGUGUAGGCUUAUAGGCUGAAGGGCUCACCGUUACCCAGAACACCAUGAUCACAGAUUCAUCAAGUCCGGCAGAGUUCUACGAGGACAACGCAUCGCUGCUGUCCUUGGACUCUAGCGUAUUCUUCAGCGAGCCCGCGCUACCAAGUGACGAUCCACUGGACUUCUUCAUUAUAAAUGUCGGAGGCAGCCGCUACAUCCUCUCUCAGGAACUGCUGGCCUCUCACCCAGAGACUCGCCUGGGCAAGCUGGCACUCUCCAGUCGAGACUCUGCUUUAGAUCUGUGUGACGAUGCAGAUUUCUUGGAGAACGAGUUCUUCUUUGACCGCAACUCGCAGACCUUUCAAUACAUCAUGAACUUCUACAAGACCGGUCACUUACAUGUGCGAGAGGAGCUGUGUGUGAUCUCGUUCCUUCAGGAGAUUGAGUACUGGGGCAUCGAUGAGCUCCGCAUAGACAGCUGUUGCAGGGACAAGUACUACCGCAGGAAGGAGAUGAAGGAGUCACUGGAUAUUCGUAAGGAUGCUGAUAUAAUGGACAAUGAGGAGGAGGACUUCACUGGCAUUUUGUGCCAGGACUUACGCCAACGUCUAUGGGACCUUAUGGAGAAGCCGGACUCCUCUAAGGCAGCCAAGACGUUUGGAACGCUAUCCAUGUUCUUUGUGGUGAUGUCCAUCGUGAACAUGGCUCUGAUUUCACUGGACUUCACUAUACUUGGUGCACCCAUCAUCUUGGACGCUCUUGAGUACAUUUGUAUCAUUUGGUUCACCGGUGAGCUGGUGCUCAGGUUCAUGUGUGUUAGAGAUAAGUGUAGGUUCAGCAGGAGUGUGGUGAAUAUCAUUGACCUGCUGGCUAUUCUGCCCUUCUAUGUGACUCUGGCUGUGGAGAGCCUGCAUGGAGGAUCUACGGAGCUGGAGAACGUUGGACGGGUAGUUCAGGUGCUGCGGCUAUUGAGGUUUCUCAGGAUGCUUAAACUUGGCCGACACUCCACAGGUCUCAAAUCUUUGGGAAUGACGAUCCACCAAUGCUACGAGGAAGUUGGCCUCCUGAUGCUGUUCCUUUCUGUGGGCAUCUCCAUCUUCGCCACAGUGGAAUACGCCAUUGAACACGACAUACCAGAGACCACCUUCACAAACGUGCCCAGCGCCUGGUGGUGGGCCACCACGUCCAUGACCACGGUAGGGUACGGAGACAUCCGUCCGGACACUGUGCUAGGAAAGGUGAUGGCCUUCAUCUGCAUCCUAUCCGGCAUUCUUAUUCUCGCACUGCCUAUCGCCAUCAUCAACGAACGGUUCUCUGCCUGCUACUUCACGCUUAAAAUGAAGGAAGCGGCGCUGCGGCACGGGGAGGCGCUGAAGCGACUGACGCGCAGCUCGGCCUCGGAUAUGUCGGCGAUAGGGGUGAACCUGCGGGACGCCUACGCUAGAAGCGUGCUGGAGAUGCUGCGGUUGCAGGGGCGAGAGCGAGCCAGCACACGCAGCAGUGCAGGAGAUCUCUGGUGGUAACAGUAGGCCUGCAAGCUACCGGAGAGAAAGAGACAGAUAAAGAACAAGUGAGCGAGAGAGGUCUUUUAAGGACCACAAAUCUUUUAAAAGCCUCAUAUCAUGAGGAAUCAAAAUUUGCUUUAUCUUUAUAGAGUUUAUUGCAUUAGGAAAACAUACUGUAACUUGCCUCAAAAUAAUUUACAACCCGAAUUCCGGAAAUGUUGGGACAUUUUUUUAAAUUUGAAUAAAAUGAAAACUAAAAGACUUUCAAAUCACAUGAGCCAAUAUUUUAUUCACAAUAGAACACUUGAUUCAUUUGAUGCCUGCUACAGGUCUCAAAAAUGUUGGCACGGGGGCAACAAAGGGCUGAAAAAACAAGAAAUUUUGAACAGAUUCAGCUAGGAGAACAUGGCAGUCUCUCAGAAGUAAAGAUGGGCAGAGGCUCUCCAAUCUGUGAGAGAGUGUGUAAAAAGAUUUUGGAAUACAUUAAAACCAAUGUUCCUCAAUGUCAAAUUGCAAAGGCUUUGCAAAUCUCAUCAUCUACAGUGCAUAGCAUCAUCAAAAGAUUCAGAAAAGCUGGAGAAAUCUCUGUGCAUAAGGGACAAGCCUGAAGACCUUUGUUGGAUGCCCGUGGUCUUCGGGCCCUCAGACGACACUGCAUCACUCACCGGCAUGAUUCUGUCAUUGACAUUAUUAAAUGGGCCCAGGAAUACUUCCAGAAACCACUGUCGGUAAAUACAAUCUGCCGUGCCAUCUGCAGAUGCCAACUAAAGCGCUAUCAUGCAAAAAAGAAGCGAUAUGUGAACAUGGUCCAGAAGUGCCGUUGUGUCCUGUGGGCCAAGGCUCAUUUAAAAUGGACUGUUUCAAAGUGGAAAAGUGUUCUAUGGUUAGACGAGUCCAAAUUUGACAUUGUUGUUGGAAAUCACGGACGCCAUGUCCUCUGGGCUAAAGAGGAGGGAGAUCUUCCAGCAUGUUAUCAGCGGUCAGUUCAAAAGCCAGCAUCUCUGAUGGUAUGAGCAGCUUGCAUGUUUUGGAAGGCACUAUGAAUGCUGAAAGGUAUAUAAAGGUUUUAGAGCAACAUAUGCUCUCCUCCAGACGACGUCUAUUUCAGGGAAGGCCUUGUGUAUUUCAGCAGGAUAAUGCAAAACCACAUACUGCAGCUAUUACAACAGCAUGGCUUCGUAGUAGAAGAGUCCGGGUGCUGAAUUGGCCUGCCUGCAGUCCAGAUCUUUCACCUAUAGAGAACAUUUGGCGCAUCAUUAAACAAAAAAUAUGACAGCAGCAGGAAAACCUAUAUCAGGCAAGAAUGGGACCAAAACUCCAGAAACUCAUAACCUCGAUGCCCAGACGUCUUCAAACUGUUUUGAAAAGAAGAAGAGAUGCUACACCAUGGUAAACAUGCCCCCGUCCCAACUAUUUUGAGACCUGUAGCAGGCAUCAAAUUUGAAAUGAGCUCAUUUUGUGCAUAAAAUUGUAAAAUUUCUCAGUUUAAACAUUUGUUAUAUUCUCUAUGUUCUAUUGUGAAUAAAUUAUUGGCUCAUGUUAUUUGAAAGUCUUUUAGUUUUCAUUUUAUUCAAAUUUAAAAACCAUCCCAACAUUUCCGGAAUUCGGGUUGUAUUUAAAUCAUACUGCAAAAACAACUGAACGUUCUCAUGUUUCUGAUGUCACAAACCUAACUUUGCAAUCCUGUAACAAUGUAAUGCAGGUUUGCAAAGUGACUAAAGUGGUAAAAGUGUAUUAGAAAUGAGCGCAAACCUGCAGCUUGCAGAUAAAGUGCUACUGCUCAUUUCACAUGUAAAUGGGGCAUUUCUUAAUGUUGCAAUAUAAUGGAAGUAGCAACAGAUCUUUUCUUCCAUACUGUGAUGUACAUUAAUUUGGGGACUUGGUUCAGUUGUUGAUUGGAUAGAGGCAGUUGAACAUGCAAACUUGCAGUCAAUUGUAAGAAAGAGGCAUGGUUUAAAGGUAUAGUUCACCCAAAAAUGGGAAUUCUGUCAUCAUUUACUCACUCUCAUGUUGUUUCAAACCUGUAUGACUUUCUUUCUUCUGUGGAACAUCAGAUAUUUUGAAGAAUGUUGGUGGCCAAACAGUUUUGGUUCCUAUUGACUUUCAUUGCAUGGACAAAAAAUACAAUUGAAGUCAAGGAGAACCAAAACUGUGGUUGCCAGCAGUCUUAAAAAUGUCUUCUAAACAACAUGGGUGAGUCAUGAUAUGACAUUUUGAUUAAAGAUUACGAGGUUAAAAAAGGUUAAAAAAAUUCAACGUGGAUGAAUGGUUCACAAUAAGAUCAAUAACAUGCAUUUAGAAAAUGGAUAACUUGAUUUUCCAUUUCAUACCAACUUUAAAAGACAGCAGCAGCAAAAACAGACCAUUUAACAGAGUGGAAAAUGUAUAUUUAAAAUUGAGAUAUUUAAAAAUCUAAAUUUUUAUUAUAAUAAAAAUAAAAAAACUUGACAUUGAACCUCAGGGAAAAAUUCAUAUUAAAGACAAAAGUAUAUUACGACUCCUUUUAGGGUGAAGUGUGUGAUUUCUUCACAAAUAAUGGCACAAAACAGAAUUGCAAAAAUAAAGACUUUAUUCAAACAGGUUUCCCAAACACUGCCAUUGGUUGGACAACAGUUAACCCCGCCCCAAACUCGCACCAUUGGUUGAAUCAGUGUUUUUAUGCUGCUUAAAAGAACCAGAGCAAUUCACAUUUUGAACGAAUCAACUUACAAAUGACUUCAAAUUGUCUCUGCACAUUAAGCUGGGAGAAGUAUUUAAACGUGAAAUUACAAUCAUCAAAAUGAUUUUUCAAAACCGCUACAUGCCUGUUCUGUUCAUCUUUGUGCAACUCACUGAUUGUUUGUAAUACAAGUAGUUUUUACUGUUCCAUUUAAAAGACAUGUAAUA